CACACACAACAUUCUAUCAAUGUUAAAUUCCCUACGAGUGAUAAUAACACUGUGGUUGUAUUGUAGGAAAACAUCCCUUUUCUUAAGAGACAUGCUUAAUUAUUCAGGGGUGAAGUUAAUAUGUCAGCAGCUCUCAAUGUCUACUCCCAAAUGACUUAGCAAAGAAUAAGUUGUAGGACUGAUGGGAUGGGGUAGUGUGGAUGGUAGGAUAAAAUAUAAAUCAUUUAGUUUAAAAAUUACGAAACCUAUCCAAGUAUAAAUAUGACAGUAAUAUAAAUUUAGAGAUUAAGUGAAAUACCAAGUAGAAACCACACAAAAUAUUUUCUAUAACCUGGUCCUUUGAUAGUAAAAUUCACAUGGGUUUGACAAAAAUUAAAUAAUUUAAGUGAUAAUUAUAUAUUCAUGGGUACCAUAAAUAAUUUAAAUUAUAAUUAUAUUUUCAUGGGGACCAGGUUUUCAAAAUAUAAUAGUUUAAAACUAAGAGAAGGCAUUAAUCAAUGGACUAAAACAUAAAACAGUAUUUCUACAGACAUUUUUAAAUUUUUAACUAUAAAUAAUAACAAAUGACUCAAUAUAUGAGAAUGCAGUUCAAAACAAAAGGAAUUACUUUGAAUAUACCACACACCACUAUAUUCUACAAUAAAUUUCAGAUGUGUCAAAGAGUUAAAUAUAAAGAAUAACCCAUAAAAACAAAUACUGAUCCUAAAAGCAUAUCUUACCUUUGGAGAAGAGAAAAUUCAUCACUAAAGAAUGAACAGAGAGACGAGAGAUGAAGAGAGAAAAGUUAAAUGAGUUCUGACACGUAAACCGUAAAUCCUUAAAGUUCAUUCGUUCAGCAAUUCAUUUGACUUACUACAAGUUCAUAGAACAUUCCAAGCAUGGAUGUAAGCCCUGAAUUUUCAGAGUUUGAGUAAAAUACACAUGGCCCCUGACCUCACAGAGCUUAAGUCUAGUAGGAACUGAGCAAACAGCACAAAAAGCAAUGGGAUGUUCUGGUAAGCACCACAGAGGAAAAGACAGACUGCUCCAAGUAAAGACCUACUGAGGAGGCACUGUACACAGGAUGGUCACGAAAGAAUUCUCUAAGAAACAACAUCAAAGCUGAUACCAGAAGAAAGAACAAGAAGCCAGCAAAGCGAAGAGGGAAAACAGCAGCUCAAAAAGGCCAGAGGCAGGAAAGGGCCCAAGAGAUCAUGAACAAUACCAGUGGACAAGGGCAAGGGAUAAAGAUGACAUUCUAAAGUACCAAGAAAAACACAAGUUCCUACACAACACAUCACUGCAAGGGAAGUGUGUACAUUCCUGAUAGCCACCUGCAUUUAUCCACCUAACAAAGCUGAAUGAAAUACAAUGACAAAAGUUGGAGAGGAUGAGGAAAGAGACAGAACUGUAUGCUAGAGUGUUAUUUAACCUAAAGACAGUCCAGGAGCCAACACUGACACACCUACUCUCAUGACAUCUUGGUGGCGAGAGGCUGGACCCAGCUACAUCCCAUACUCCUAGAUCUGUGCAAAAGCAGUGAGAGAUGCUAAGACAGAAUUCAAAGCAAAUGCUGAGAAGACUUCUGGCAGCACGGUAAAAAGUGUGAAAGUGAAAAAGGGGUAAUCUACCCUGACUAAAGCUUGAAAUGCUACAUUUUCAAGGUGAAGAAGAUGUGUGGGUACAUGUUACGGCAGAAUGAAAACUAUCUCACUUCAUGGGGAAAAAUGCCUGGCUUGUUCUAGACUGACAUUGUCGACAAAGUAUGGCUCAAAAAAUUAAGAAAAAUACAGAAAAUCUAAAAAUAAAUGACAGAAACUAUAACACUGCUCAUAUCUUUGGAUUUCACAUAAGCUUCUAUUUCCCAAAAAUAUUACUCUUCCUCCCCCUAAAACCAAGUGCACAAAAUAUAGUCACAAGAAAUGAUCCUUCCAAAAUAAAAAAGAAACCACCAAAAAGCCUAAAUGUGUGAAAGUACGUAAAUUGUAAUGGGUUAAUUUAAAUUAGAAAUGUACAUGAGCGUAGAUUAAAAAGUACCCAAAAUACAUCAAGUAGUAAAUAAUGACAUUUAGUUUGUAUAUAUGGACAAAACAUAAAAUGUUUAUAACUUUUUAAAUGUUUGUAUUUGAAGAGACAAAUAACAUUUUGUAACCAUGGACUGCUCUGCUCAAGACUAUGUUCAGUUGUAUCUUUUUUAAAUCAACAGAUUAAAGAAUUAAAGUAUUACAAUGACACUCCUAUUCCCACUCUUUAGAAUUAACAACUGCUAACAUUAUUUUAAAAUAGCUUUUUUUUUUUUUUUUAAGGUAAGCUAACCCUUUAAAAUAAACCCUGAGUCCUAUCCUCUUCUCCUGGCUCCUAGUGGCAGUUACGUUCUGAUGGAAGCCCAAGUGUCCACCUCUGGAUACUUUUAUGAGAGACAGAGAAUCCAAGGGACAGCGCACAGAGAAGCGAAUACAGACACACAUCCAUCAACAAUACACGGUACUGGAAACCUUUUAUAAAUGGCAUUAUACUUUUCUAUCAUUUGUCAAACUUGAUGCAAGUUUUUCUACAAAUAAAUAUUUUGUACUUAUGUCCUUUAUACACGCUUUUUAAUUCGAAAAAUAGGUGUAUUUUCCUAGCUGAUGUAAGUAACGAUAGAUCUAAUGCAUUUACAACAUUACAACAUAUGAAUACACUCCCCACUGAUUUUUCCCAAGUGUUCUAUCACACGGCGUUAUAAAAUUUCCAGGGUUUUUGUGGGUUUUUAAUUUUAAUAGAAGCUUAUUUUUAGCAAAUUAAACAAUACUACUUAUUAACCAGAUUAAGUUUCGAAUUAAGCAAAGCAAAAACAAAAAUAUAACUCAAAUCAUGAUUAUCUGUAUCCACCAGGUAAUAAAUCAAAUACCUUCAUUAUCAGUUGUUAAGUACAACUAUAAAUUAAUCAUCCAACUAUUAAAAACCAAUCACAGCUUUAAAAAGAACUAUGUGUAUCAUACAAAAAUAAAA